CAAUCAUUAUCAAAAUUAUCGCCAAUGAAAUCUUGUCCAAUUGUUCCGUCACACUCAAAAAAAUCGAUUGAUCAUCCAUUAUUUGAUUCAACAACAAGUCUUUUAUUUCGACGUUCUUUAAAUUUUCCUAAAACUAAUAGUCCAUUUCUUCGUUCCUUUUUAUUCAGUUCUUCUUUAACAACCAAACAAGAAUAUUAUUCAACACGAGUAUCAAUGUGUGAUUCAGCUAUUGGAAGUGAGUGUGAUUCAUUAUCACCACGAAGUCUGUCUUCAUCAUAUUCGUCAUUUUCAUCAACUGAUUAUUCUGAUAUUGAUGAACAAGAUGAAUUAACCAAACAGCAAUCAAGUUGGUCGCCAUCGUCCGCUUCAACCAUUAUUUCAACUUACACUCCUUUCGUAAAUAUGAACGACACCAAAUCAAAAUCGUUAUUUAAAAUACUUACAUUACCAUUUCGUUUUCUACACAAAGUUGUCUUCCAAUCCCCGACUGUAUCUCCUAUUAGCAGUAGUAGUGACAAAACUUUUGAAGAAAUACCAAGUACAGUCUCUUCUUCUACAUCUUACUUGUUUGAUAUUUAUUAUGCUGGUGACAAUAAAUGGUUUGAUACGAACGUUUCAUCAUUGUUAGAAAAACAUAAUAUUACUUAUUUAAAACAAUUACGGUCACAAUUGCUAUCCGAUGUCUAUGAUAUUCAUGCACGUAAACAAUGUCGUCUUAUUUAUUAUGUUAUAACGUCAAAUGAACGUUUAUCCGAUAUAUGUACGGAAUUAGCAUUUUUAAUUGGUGAACAGAAAUUACAUGUUGUUAUUUGUUUACAAUAUAUGGAUGAUAAUGACCGAUUAGAUACACGUGAUAUUAAUCGAAGUAGAAAAUAUUUAGAAGAUUUAACAAGAAAAGAAGAUGUUCUUUUAUUUCAGUCAUUAGAACAAAGCUUGCAGCAUGUCUUGAAUUAUUUUAACAAAAAAUAA